UCGUUUGCCUCGCUUCUCUCGCGAGACGUCCAGUCCCUUUAAUUUGGCUUUUCCUGAGGAACGCUGAAGUCUGCUGCUUUUGAGAAGCAUUGUGCCCAGGAGACAUGAGUGUGAAACUCACACAGGGGGCAGUUGAAGCCCUGUCCAAAGGCUCAGAUGUGAGUAACCCCGUGCUGCAGCUGCUGAACAUCCGUCAGAUCAGUAAUAGCUCCGGUCCGACCAGGUACCGGCUCAUGAUGAGUGACGGCCAGCACUCUUUUUCUUCCUUCCUGCUGGCUACACAGUUAAACAGUCUGCCAGAAGAGAACCUCCUGGUACCUAACUGUGUGUGUAAAUUGAAGAAGACCGUCACUAACACAUUGAAAGAUGACAGGACUGUGGUCAUUGUGACAGACAUGGAGAUAUUGCAGUCUGCUGAGGAAACUGGAGGGAAGAUCGGAAGUCCCACUCCAUAUAAUGCAGAGGGUAAGACUUCAUCUCCACAGAAGUCAGCCUCAGGUUUCUCUGUCCCAGCAUCCUCUUCAUCUGCUGCAGUGCCUGGAUCCUCUUAUAGGGACAACAGAACAUCAUCUCCACAGAAGUCGGCCUCAGGUUUCUCUGGCCCAGCAUCCUCUUCAUCUGCAGCAGUGCCUGGAUCCCCUUAUAGAGACAAGAACAUCCUUACUCCUCCCCGGGGCAGCGGAAGAGGUUUCCUGGGAAAGUCACCUGUGAAAGGUUCACCCUCAAAGUUUUCACCCUCAAAGUUUUCACCCUCGAAGUUUUCACCCUCAAGGGGAGCCAGCACUUCUCCAGGUUCUUCAACAAAAACUAUUCCUAUUGCUCAACUCAACCCCUACCAAAGCAAGUGGACUAUCCGAGCCCGAGUCACCAACAAGUCCAGCAUCCGCACCUGGAGUAACUCUAAAGGAGAGGGCAAGCUCUUCUCCUUUGAGAUAGUGGAUGAGAGUGGAGAAAUCAAGAUCACAGCCUUCAACAAAGAAGUGGAUAAGUUUUUCUCUCUAGUGGAGCAAGGCAAGGUGUAUUACAUCACAAAGGCUACACUGAAGGUGGCCAACAAACAGUACAGCACGCUGAAGAAUGACUACGAGAUGACCCUCCACGCUCAUUCAUCCAUUGUGCCUUGUGAUGACAAUCAGGGCGUCCCCGCAGUGCACUGUGACUUUGUGCCUAUCGCAGAGCUGGAGAACAGGGACAAGGACACCAUCAUUGAUGUCAUCGGAGUGUGUAAGAGUGUUGAGGACAUAUCCCGUAUCACCACCAAGACCAGCAGAGAAGUCUCCAAGAGGGCCCUCCACAUAAUAGACACAAGUGGCAAAGAGGUGGCAGUCACAUUGUGGGGAGAGGAGGCGGAGAAGUUUGACUGCUCUGGGCAGCCUGUGGUUGCCAUCAAAGGAGCUCGCUUGUCUGAUUUCGGAGGCAGAUCUCUCUCUGCUUUGUUUAGUUCAACAGUCAUGGUCAACCCAGACAUACCAGAGGCCUUUAGACUGAGAGCCUGGUACGACCGUGAAGGCUAUGCAGCCGACAGCCAAUCCCUGACAGGGACGAGGUCAGCGGGGAGUGGAGCAAAGAUGAACUGGAAGACACUGAGCGACGUUAAGGAUGAACAUAUGGGACAAGGAGAGAAGGCCGACUAUUUCAGCUGCGUGGCGACAGUGCUGUACACCCGUAAGGAGAAUUGUCUGUACCAGGCCUGUCCAUCUGCAGACUGCAACAAGAAGGUCAUAGACCAACAGAACGGGCUGUACCGCUGCGAAAAGUGUAACAGAGAGUUCCCCAACUUCAAAUACAGACUCCUACUUUCUGCCAACUUAGCAGACUUCGGGGAUAACCAGUGGGUGACAUGCUUCCAGGAGACAGCUGAGGUCCUGUUGGGUCAAACUGCAGAAACACUUGGACAUCUCAGAGACACAGAUGAGGCUGCGUUUGAUGAAAUCUUCCAGAAAGCCAACUUCACAACUCACAUCUUUAAAAAUCAAGCCAAGCUGGAGACGUACAACGAUGAGAGUCGCGUGAAGGUAACUGUAAAGGAAGUCCAACCAAUCGACCACAGAGAAUACAGCAGGAGACUCCUCAGUAACAUCCGCAGACUGGCCAGAUGAACUUUUUCCACCAGCGAGAUAAUGCCAUAUUUGACUGAGGCAGCAGAGUGGUGGCUGAUUCAUCUGAUCAAAUGGCAACCAAACAAAAGACUGAUAUUUAGUUGCUCACGUCUUUCAACAGGAGAACAGUUUUAAAGGAGUGUGAUGUGACAUUUUUAUUUAAUGACAUUUUAACAAAGAGCUUUAAUUAUUUGAUUACAUAGAACGCCGUUAGUCCUUGUUUUAAUGUCAGGUAAGCGAGUGCUUCGUCUCUUUGGUUUCAAAUCUCUGUCGGUGAUGCACAGCGUUAGUUGAGUAAGAUGUAGAUGAGUCAGAUUUCUGUUAAUGUUCAUAUUUAGUUUUAGAAAUGAUGUGUUGUCAUUUGUUUUACAUGUGCACAGUUGAUUUGAGUGUUUGGCUUGCUGGUCUUUGAAAAAAAAGGAAAAAGAUAUUAAAAGGAUGUGUGAAAGGAUGUACACACACAUGCA